GAGCGUCUUUGACCGUCGCCCUCGCUGACGUCAUCGGUCGGGGCCGCGGCCUUUGGCGCCGGGGAAAGGGAUCCGCGCGGGGGGCGGCCGGUGGGUCGGUCCGCCGACCGGUGUUUGAGAGGCGAGGGAGGGGGGAACCGCGGGCGGAGGUGGUCCUCCAGGAUGGCGGCCGGAACGACGCGGCCCUCUCGGCCCCGGAAGGAGCCGCAGCCGCUGGUCAUCCCGCGCAACGCCGCGGAAGAGCAGCGCCUCAAGCUAGAGAGGCUCAUGAGGAACCCGGAUAAGACGGUUCCAAUUCCUGAAAAGCUCAAUGAAUGGGUGCCCCGUCCACCUCCAGAAUUUGUCAGAGAUGUUAUGGGUUCCAGCGCUGGUGCCGGUAGCGGAGAAUUCCACGUCUACCGGCAUCUUCGGCGGCGGGAGUACCAACGGCAAGAUUUUAUGGAUGCCAUGGCCGAGAAGCAAAAGCUGGAUGAGGAGUACCAGAAGAAGUUGGAGAAGAACAAGCUGGCUGCUGAGGAACAGACAGCGAAGCGCAGGAGAAAGCGCCAGAAGCUGAAAGAGAAGAAAUUGCUGGCAAAGAAGGGGAAACUGGAACAAAAGAGUGAGCAGCUGCAGACCCUGACCAUUCUCCAAAGAGGCAGACCAGUGACGAGGAAGAUUCUUCUGAGGAAGAGGAGGGGAAAGACGAUGCUGAAGAGGCCAGUUUUGUGAUGAGGAGAUGACGUGGCUGGCCGAGGGCUUUCUAUCCUGUCACCUGGCAUUUCAGCAGCCUGAGAAGCUGCCUCUCUUGUGGGUUUUGGACUUUCGGCAUGGCAGACGUAUGGCUGGGGGGAGACAUCUCUUCCGCAGCGAGUGUGGAUUCCAGGACCAAGCCAAAGAGGAGCUGAUCCCAACUGGCUUGUGCAACUGCUGUGCAGUCCGCUGCUAGAGGGUUUCCAGGAAAAGAAGCAGACUUCGACACCGCUGUUCCUUCCCGCAUUGCUCCAAAACGAUGCUAACGCUCCUGCCACCUGUGUCUUUGAGCAGAUUCUUUUCCUUCUGUAAGAAUUAAACAGGGCGAUGGCUUUCGGUGAAAGACCCAGGACUUUAAGGCAAAGAACUGUUGGGCUUUUUUCUCUUAAGAGAUGAGCAGAAUUAUUUAGAAGUAACUCUCAAGCUUGUCUUUAAACUUCUGCUUGCAGAUGUAAUUUCUUUUUCCAGCCCGAGGGAAUCAUCCUCUCUUUCCCUGCCCUGUUAGAAAUCCGCUAUCAACAGCGGUCCUAAAGGACUAUGAAUAAAACAGGCAGAUAUUUUCUCUUGCCCUUCA